AUGGCACAAGGACUGGAGGUGGCUCUCAUAGACCUCCAAAGCUCCUGGAACAACGUGCAGCACCACACUGAGGAAAUCACCACUGACCGUCUCCUUGUUCGCCGGGGCCAGGCCUUCAACAUCACCUUGUACUUCAGAAACCGGUCCUUCCAGCCAGACCUAGACAACAUCAUCUUUGUGACUGAGACUGGCCCUCUGCCAGACCUGGCCAAGGGGACUCGAGCAGUGUUCAGUCUAGCAGGUCGUGGUGGCCGCAGCCCCUGGAUUGCCUCGCUUGAGACCAAAGGGGCCAACUCCCUGGAAGUGAGCCUCUAUGCCCCUCCUAUGGCAACCGUGGGUCGGUACCUCCUGAAGAUUCACAUUGACUCCUUCCAGGGAGCUGUCACAGCCUAUCAGAUUGGGGAGUUCAUCCUGCUCUUCAAUCCCUGGUGCCCAGAGGAUGCUGUCUAUUUGGACAGUGAGCCUCAGAGGCAGGAGUAUGUCAUGAACGAUUACGGCUUCAUCUACCAAGGGGACAAGAACUGGAUCCGUCCAUGCCCUUGGAACUUCGGACAGUUCGAAGAGAGUAUCAUAGACAUCUGCCUGAAGCUGCUAGACAAGAGCCUGAACUUCCAGAUUGACCCAGCCACAGACUGCGUCCUACGUGGAAGUCCUGUCUACAUCAGUAGAGUGGUGUGUGCCAUGAUCAACAGCAAUGAUGACAAUGGGGUACUCAAUGGAAACUGGAGUGAGAAUUAUUCAGAUGGCACCAACCCUGCAGAGUGGACCGGCAGUGUGGCCAUCCUGAAACAGUGGCACGCCAUGGGCUUCCAGCCAGUGCGCUAUGGGCAGUGCUGGGUCUUUGCCGCCGUCAUGUGCACAGUGAUGAGGUGCUUGGGGAUCCCUACCCGUGUGAUCACCAACUUCGACUCUGGUCAUGACACAGAUGGAAACCUGAUCAUAGAUGAGUAUUACGACAACACCGGCAGGAUUCUGAGGAAUAAUAAGAAGGAUACUGUCUGGAAUUUUCACGUCUGGAACGAGUGCUGGAUGGCCAGAAAGGACCUUCCUCCUGGAUAUGGAGGCUGGCAGGUGCUGGACGCCACACCUCAGGAGACAAGCAAUGGUCUCUAUUGCUGUGGCCCUGCCUCCGUCAGAGCCAUCAAAGAGGGGGAAGUGGAGCUGAACUAUGACACGCCCUUUGUUUUUUCCAUGGUGAAUGCUGACUGUAUGUCCUGGCUUGUCUACGGAGGGAAGGAGCAGAAACUUCACCGGGACACAAGAUCUGUCGGCAAUUUUAUCAGCACUAAGAGCAUCCAGGGUGAUGAGCGGGAUGAUAUUACAGAAAACUACAAGUAUGAAGAAGGUUCCCCCCAGGAGAGGCAGGUGUAUCUGAAGGCUCUUCAGAAGCUGAAGGCUGGAAGUUUUCAAGGCCCCUACCAAGCAGAUGCAGAUCCCCAACCUUCCAGACCAAUGACACUGAGUGAGGGCAGUCCUCGAAGCCUAGACACACCUUCCCUUCGUCCCAGUGAUGUUGUCCAGGUCUCCUUGAAAUUCCAGUUGCUUGACCCACCCAACAUGGGCCAGGACAUAAAUUUUGUGCUGCUGGCCCUCAACAUGUCAUCCCAGUUCAAGAACCUCAAGGUGAACCUGAGUGCCCAGUCCCUGCUACAUGAUGGCAGCCCCCUGCCCCCAUUCUGGCAGGACACAGCAUUCAUCACCCUCUCUGCUAAAGAAGCAAAGACGCAUCCCUGCAAAAUUCCCUAUUCCCAGUACCGCCAGUACCUGUCACUGGACAAACUGAUCCGCAUCAGUGCCCUGGGAGAAGAGAUGAAUUGUCCUGAGAAGAUCUUGGUGGACAAGAUUAUCACCUUGGUUUAUCCUGGCAUCAUGAUUAAUGUUCUGGGAGCUGCCAUUGUAAACCAAUCACUUUCCAUACAGGUGAUAUUUACAAACCCCCUCUUAGAGCAAGUAGAGGACUGUGUGCUGACUGUGGAAGGCAGUGGUCUCUUCAAGAAGCAGCAGAGAGUCAUCAUUGGAAUCCUCAAACCCCAACAUCAGGCCAGCAUCACUCUGGAGACUGUCCCAUUCAAGAGUGGUCAAAGGCAGAUCCAAGCUAAUCUAAGGAGCAACAAGUUUAAGGAUAUUAAGGGUUACAAAAACGUAUAUGUAGACUUUGGGUUAUAAAUUCUGGGGCAAUAGCUGGAUGCAUCAACCUCAAGCUUCAGAGAAAGGAGCAAGUUCAAAUGUAAGCUAUUCCAUUCACUACAACAGAGGCUUCACAAGGCUCCAAAGGGAGCAAAAGAUGGGAUG